CAAGCAGCAAGUUCGUAACAGUGAACCGUGAUUCUCUGCGAAGUACUGUUCCCGCAUUUAGUCGUUAAGCGGAUAAGUGAAAUACACUAAAGACCGUUUACCUCACCAGAAAUACUUGGAGAGGUCACUAAAAAUGGGAAAACAUAACAGCAAGCUUGCUCCAGAAGUUUUGGAUGACCUGACCAAGAACACAGAGUUUAACGAAGCAGAGCUGAAGCAGUGGUAUAAGGGCUUCCUGAAGGACUGUCCCACUGGCAUCCUCAACUUGGAAGAGUUCCAACAGCUCUAUGUCAAGUUCUUCCCCUAUGGUGAUGCCUCCAAAUUUGCUCAGCAUGCCUUCCGCACCUUUGACAAGAACGGUGAUGGUACAAUUGACUUCAGGGAGUUUAUCUGUGCCCUGUCCAUCACCUCCAGAGGAAGUUUUGAGCAGAAACUCAACUGGGCCUUCAAUAUGUAUGACCUGGAUGGAGAUGGCAAGAUUACACGCAUGGAGAUGCUUGAGAUUAUAGAGGCAAUCUAUAAAAUGGUUGGAACGGUGAUUAUGAUGCGCAUGAAUGAAGAUGGCUUGACACCCCAGCAGCGUGUAGACAAGAUCUUCAGCAAGAUGGACAAAGACCACAAUGAUGAGAUUACGCUGGAGGAGUUCAAAGAGGCGGCCAAAAGUGACCCUUCAAUCGUCUUGCUAUUGCAGUGUGACAUGCAGAAGUAG